AUGGGAAAAUCAAUAUUUCAAUUUAAAUCAGCAGAUGCAGAUUCACCAAAACCAUUCCCACAAGAAGAGGAUAAGCCAUUAGUUGUUUUAUUAGGUUGGAUGGGCAGUAAAAUGGUUCAUUUAAAUAAAUAUGGUGACCAAUGGAGAAAAAGAGGUUUCAAUACAUUAUCAUAUUGUUCAAAUCCAUCAGAGAUAUUAAUGCCGGGUGCUAUUAAAAAGAAAGGUACACUCAUGCUCGAACAAAUUAGUAUGUAUGUAAAAGAAAACCCAAAAUGUAAUACUAUUAUUUUCAAUGCAAUGUCAAAUGGUGGUGGUUUCUAUUAUAGUUUUAUGAUAGGCGAGAUUCACGACAACCAGAAAUGGCAACACUUAAGACCCUAUGUCAGAGGUACUGUAUUAGAUUCAUUACCAGCAAUUAGACCAUGGUCUGUUUUCACUGCUUUUAAAAUGACUUCACCAAACUUUUUGGUAACCUGUGUCUUAUUUGUUCUUAUUCCAUUUGUUAUGUUAUUAUUUGCUGGUUAUAUGAAAAUAUAUGUAAACAAUCUUCAAAGUGCCAAGAAUCAAUGGCAACAUUUAAUUUUAUACUCUAAAAGCGAUAUCAUUGUUCAUUCAGAUGAUAUUGAUAAAAUUGUAAUGGUUAUUAAAGAUAAUAUUAUAAACAAACAACAGUUAGAUACAAAGUGCUGGGACGAUUCCCCACAUGUUUCGCAUUUACGUCAUCAUCCAAUCGAAUAUGAAAAUAGAUUGAAUAAUUUCGUAGAAUCUAUUAAAAGACACGGAUUUUCAAAAUAA